GCCGCCGCCAACCGCCAGCUUCCAUCGUUGCGCGACUUUACCUACCGUUGCGCCGUGCCUGAAUCAGACGCAGGCAAACCGUCGACAAGCCUCUCCCAGUUGCUGUCAGCCUUCCUAAUCUUAUUUCCUCUCUACGCACUCUAGCGCAUUGUCAUCGCACUCGUGCUCAUCAUCCCCAACCAUGGCGGGGCUUUUCCGGAAAGUUUACGACUGGUUGUUGAGAACGUUUUGGGCGACCGAAAUGGACGUGACGAUGAUCGGUCUGCAGAACGCGGGCAAGACAUCUCUACUCCGAGUCCUCGCAGGCGGCGAGUUCACGAUCGACUCGAUCCCGACGGUCGGAUUCAACAUGAAGCGGGUGCAACGAGGGCACGUUACACUGAAGUGUUGGGACAUUGGCGGCCAGCCCAGGUUCCGAACAAUGUGGGAGAGAUACUGCCGUGGCGUCAACGCCAUCGUCUUCAUCGUCGACAUCGCCGAUGUCGAUUUGUUGCAGCAGGCUCGCGAAGAACUCCAUGCACUAAUGGACCAAGCUUCUUUAAGAGAGAUCCCACUCCUUGUAUUAGGAAACAAGUCGGAUCUUCCGCAGAAGUUAUCAGUCGAUGAGCUGAUUGAUGCACUUGAUCUCAAGUCCAUAGGCCACCGCGAGGUCUGUUGCUACGGCAUCAGCGCCAAGGAAGAGACAAACCUGGACGCCGUCCUCCAGUGGCUCAUGAAGUGGGCGAAUAGAUGAGGUAUGAUGGCCGUCGCGUGUCGCGAGUCUCGGUCCAC